AUGGCUAAGCAGCUGCUGCUCACUGCCGCUCUUGCGGCCACUUCGCUGGCUGCCCCUCUCCUUGAGGAGCGCCAGAGCUGCUCCUCCGUCUGGGGUCAAUGCGGUGGCAUCAAUUACAACGGCCCGACCUGCUGCCAGUCCGGCAGUGUUUGCACUUACCUGAAUGACUGGUACAGCCAGUGCAUUCCCGGUCAGGCUCAGCCCGGCACGACUAGCACCACGGCUCGGACCACCAGCACCAGCACCACCAGCACUUCGUCGGUCCGCCCGACCACCUCGAAUACCCCUGUGACGACUGCUCCCCCGACGACCACCAUCCCGGGCGGCGCCUCGAGCACGGCCAGCUACAACGGCAACCCGUUCUCGGGUGUCCAACUUUGGGCCAACACCUACUACUCGUCCGAGGUGCACACUUUGGCCAUCCCCAGCUUGUCUCCUGAGCUGGCUGCCAAGGCCGCCAAGGUCGCUGAGGUUCCCAGCUUCCAGUGGCUCGACCGCAAUGUGACUGUUGACACUCUCUUCUCCGGCACUCUUGCCGAAAUCCGCGCCGCCAACCAGCGCGGUGCCAACCCGCCUUAUGCCGGCAUUUUCGUGGUUUAUGACUUACCAGACCGUGAUUGCGCGGCUGCUGCUUCGAACGGCGAGUGGUCUAUCGCCAACAAUGGUGCCAACAACUACAAGCGCUACAUCGACCGGAUCCGUGAGCUCCUUAUCCAGUACUCCGAUAUCCGCACUAUUCUGGUCAUUGAACCUGAUUCCCUGGCCAACAUGGUCACCAACAUGAACGUCCAGAAGUGCUCGAACGCUGCCUCCACUUACAAGGAGCUUACUGUCUAUGCCCUCAAACAGCUCAAUCUUCCUCACGUUGCCAUGUACAUGGAUGCUGGCCACGCUGGCUGGCUUGGCUGGCCCGCCAACAUCCAGCCUGCUGCUGAGCUCUUUGCUCAAAUCUACCGCGACGCUGGCAGGCCCGCUGCUGUCCGCGGUCUUGCGACCAACGUUGCCAACUACAAUGCUUGGUCGAUCGCCAGCCCUCCGUCCUACACCUCUCCUAACCCGAACUACGACGAGAAGCACUAUAUUGAGGCCUUUGCUCCUCUUCUCCGCAACCAGGGCUUCGACGCAAAGUUCAUCGUCGACACCGGCCGUAACGGCAAGCAGCCCACUGGCCAGCUUGAAUGGGGUCACUGGUGCAAUGUCAAGGGAACUGGCUUCGGUGUGCGCCCUACUGCUAACACUGGGCAUGAACUUGUUGAUGCUUUCGUGUGGGUCAAGCCCGGUGGCGAGUCCGACGGCACCAGCGACACCAGCGCUGCUCGUUAUGACUAUCACUGCGGCCUUUCCGACGCACUGACUCCGGCGCCUGAGGCUGGCCAAUGGUUCCAGGCUUAUUUCGAACAGCUGCUCAUCAAUGCCAACCCUCCGUUCUGA